UAGCGAACCAUUUUGAGAAGGCAAAUUCCACGUUGUGUCCACUGUCAGAUUGUCUACUAACCAGGUCAAGGAAGAGGCCACCCAGUAUGGCUAUCUACUGCCGUGUCAUUUUCGUUCUUGUUAUGGCGUACAUUGCUGUGCAACUUGCGUCAGGACAGAGAAUAUACUGUACGCUUACUCCGUACCUUGGACGGGUUACGAAUGGACGCAAAAUCCUGAGGAAGGAAUAUAACCCCUCUCCACAAGAUGGCCAGGCACGCGCCUGGUACCCGUUCACAUUAACUGUAUCAUGUGAACACGGGUAUCACGUGACUGGAAGAGGAGGAGCCGCCAGAAUGGCUGUGAUGCGGUGCAUGGAAGAUGGUACUUGGUUAGGAGACUCUGCUGGUUCUUUGCCAACAUGUUCAGCCAACACGUGUCCGUCGCUACCACCAAUAAGCAAUGUGAUAUCGGGUGCAAUCAGCGUAGGCGCUCGCACCGAGUAUCAUUUCAACGGUUCAACGCUGCACAUCACAGCCGCCGGAUAUGGAGACAUUGUCGAGUUUCGUUGCCAGGACAAACCGUUCCCUGCAGGCUAUGUACCUAGAGAUGGCUUGAGAGUCGACUGCCUGGAGAAUGGCACGUGGAGUUCGCACAGUCCCAGCUGCAACGGCGAACCACCUACUACUCCGUCACCUCCUAGCUGUCCUGUUCAAGCAUUCAUGCUGGCUUUCACUCCGUCGUCACACCGUCGGAGUCGAUUACACUUGACGGACCAAGCAGCUCCGCUGAGCAGCCCAGACGUAUCAUCACGGCCAGGUUCUGCCAAGCCAUUCUCCAACAUCACGUUUACAUGCGAUGUUGGGUAUCACGUGACUGGGCAGGGAAAGGAUACGUACGUAGCAGUAUCUACAUGCAAUGAGAGUGGAAGUUGGUCACCUGACUGGACAGCCUCUCUGCCAAACUGUACUGCAAUAAGAUGUCCCGCUCUACCUCCCAUAUACAACGUUCAAUCGGGUAACAUCACUAUACGCAGCAACACCGAUCACUCCUUCAAAGGCUCAACGCUGCAUAUCACAGGGGGUAGGUAUCUGGAAAUCGUCAGUUUUCACUGCAAGAGUGAGCCUUUCCCUGAGGACUACAACCCAAGAACUGGCUUGUCGGUAGAGUGCGGGGGGAACGGCACAUGGUCAUCCCAGAAUAUGAGCUGCAUUGGAGAUCCUCUGCCCACGCAGCCGAUUCCAGGAUGCCCUUUAAAAGCAUUCAUGCCGAAUGGUGUAGGCCACGGUCGACUACACGUGACGAGAGCAGCAGCUCCGCUAAACAGUCCAGGCGUAUCAUCGCCACUAGAUUCUGCCACUCCAUUCUCCAACAUCACAUUGACAUGUGACGAUGGUUAUCACGUGACUGGGCAGGGAAAGGAUACUUACGUGGCAGUAUCUACAUGCAAUGAGAGUGGAAGAUGGUCACGUGACUGGACAGCCUCGCUGCCAACCUGUACUGAGAAGGAAGUGGGCAAGCAACGAGACUCGAACCUCACUUCCCUAAAAAUGGCGAUUGACAGUGCAGUGAGUCCAGAUGAAGUCCGAAGUUUUGCUACAAAGCUGCAGCAGUUUUCUGCCACAUCGCCAGGUGACAUGCUGAGUGAUAACGGCGCCUCACUCCUCGCGGCUCUGGUGAAUAAAUCCAUCCAGGCUCAGAUUAAGUCCGCCAGCAAUGGAUUAGGAUCGGAGUUUGUAAACACGGUCACACGCAAUGUCGCAACGACCAUCAGCAACCUGAUUGGGAACGUUCCUCAAGACGCUUCAGGCAAUGUCCCACUGUCCAAGGCAACAGCUACAAUCCGCAUAGCGUUGGAAACCUUAAUGGAGGCUACAGCCGUCUCUGUUCACACGCCAUUGCAAGUAUCUUCUCCAAACCUAGCUCUGAGUUGCCAUUGCCCAAGCCAGUCCUACUCUCAGCUCUCCGUUUUUGAUCAAACCAGCAACGACAAUCAUUCGUCACUUGAGAUUUUAUCUGAGAGCAAUGACGAGCAAAGCAUCUUGGCAUCUGUACGUGUUCCUCCGCUGGUCCAGUCAUCACCUACGGGUGAUCAGGAAAGUCAAAGUGGGUGUGCUCAAGCUUUGCCUGUGGAGGUCGUUGCCUAUCGGACUCCAUUGCUCUUCCAUCCCAGUGGUGAAGACCUGAAGGUGGGAUCUCGAGGAGCAGAGGUUAUCCAAAGCGUUGUGCUGAGCGUCAAGUUUCGUGGGCAUGACCACGUGGACCUGCUUGGCAACCAGGUCCUGUUGAACUUCACACAUAAAUACAAUAUGAAGAACAUAGGUGGCACGCAUCGCGCUCUGUGUUCCUAUUGGCACGAAAACACCGAAUCAUGGAGGCAGGAUGGCUGUCGGGCCAUCUCAUCCGGCAAAAAUCCAGGAAUGACAAGCUGCGAAUGCGAUCACUUGACCAACUUCGCCCUGCUGUUCGUUCGUGAUGAUGUCAUCACAUCUGGUGGCCAUGGCAACGCAGGCAGAGCCCUGACGAUCAUUACAUUCGUAGGCAGCGCGCUGAGCAUCAUCUGCCUUCUGGCCACCGUUGUCAUUAUUCUCUCCUUCAAGAAGCUUCGCACCAAGCCGUUCCAGCAGACAGCACUGCAGCUAUCGCUGGCACUCAUCCUGAAUACCGUUCUAGUUCUGCUCGUGAUGCAGGGACGAGACGAGAAUGCGCUCAGCGCGGAGAAGGGCAGCCUGUGCACGGCACUGGCCGUGCUAAUGCACCUCAGCUUGCUCGUGGUGUUCGGCUUGAUGGCAGCGGCGGCGGUACACCUGUACCUGAUCAUUGUGAAGACAAAACAUGACCAGCGCACUGUACGCCUAGUCUAUGCCCUUGCCUACGGUACCCCAUUCAUCAUCGUUGUUUUUCCAGCUGGCAUAACAAGACUUGACGCCUACGGUUCGGAAAAGCUCUGUUGGCUAAAGGAUGACAGUACAUUUUACACCACCGUCGUAACACCGCUCUGUGGCAUGCUGGUGUUUAACUGCAUCAUGCUGACCAGUAUUGCCAAGCACCUGUACCACGUACGCAAGAACCUCGGCGCUCAGAAGCAGGGCCGCGAGAUCAACUUAGUUACCGUGGUAAUAUCCAUGUCGGUGGUGAUUGGCCUGGCUUGGCUCAGCGGCGUGUUGCUUGUGAUCCGUAACACUGUUGCGACGCAGUACAUCUUUACUCUGCUCGUGAGCACACAAGGCUGCCUCAUGUUCGCCGUCCACACGGCACGAUCCCCCGACGUUCGUCAGGAACUGCUCAAGUCGGUUCACUCGUCCACCGCCUCUUCCGCCUUGUCAACAAAGCGUCGCCGCGGGUCCAAGGGGAAUGGAUCCAGUAGCACGCCUACCUCCUUUGUCCUGGAUCACAUCCGCAGUUUGUCUCUGUUCAGCCGACGCAGCUCCGCGACACUUUCCCAGCCAACCAGUAGCAGUGUUUGAGAGUACAGUCAGUGUAGUGUGCACUGGUACUGCUCGGAGCCCAGUCCAGUAUAUCCAGUGCUGGGUCUUACAGGCCAUGGGACAUCAGUAAGUACUUACAUAACUGUUACUGCGUCUGCUUGGCCUCCGACUGCAUGUUGGCAUACCAGUCAGCUGAUCUUGGAUAUACAGUACAUGCACUCCGGCAAUAAAUUUCAUAUCUUUGUUGUGCAGAGUUCAGUCAGAGUCAGAGUUCAGGUACAUGGCCUCGCGUUCGCACAACUAAAUUGCUUAAACUACAUUGCCUCCUCUCUCAGAGGGUUUUGUUUAUCUUGGAUAUGAUUUUUUUAAAUUUUCGUGCGACCUUUUGUCUCAGGCUUCUAGCUGCACUUCUUUUACAUGCGCAAGCAUACCAACCAUCCAUGAUAAUCUUCUUUGCUUCAAUACAUUUGUGCAAACAUCAUUUAUUUUCUUCACAUCGAAUUCGAGAUGAAAAAUAUCCAUGCCCAUGGCGUGCUUUAAAAAACAUUAUUAUAAUACUGCACGUGAGGUUUUUCUUUUUGAAUGUUGCCUUGUCUUAACCAGCAAGUUUCAUUUCUGUCUCGUUUCAUGUGUUCUAGCACAGCAUUUUGUAUGGGUCUGAUCAGAGUGUUCCCAAUCAAAAUUUUUACAUUUCAUUA